AUGCGAGAUAAUCAUCUAAUUCGAUGGUUUUAUAUUCUAUUUAUUAUCUCAUAUUUAUUUUCAUCAUCUACCGAUGGUAAAGGAUUUGGUGGUGGAAGAGGUGGAGGUGGUAGAGGUGGAAGUGGUAGAGGUGGAGGAUCUUGGGGUGGUUCAAAAGGUGCAGGAACAUUCGGUGGAUCAUCAAGUUAUAAUCGUGGCAAUAGUUAUGGAAGUUACAAUAGUAUGAAUAAACCUCGUUCAGGAAGUAAAUUUAAAAGUCACGCUGCGAGUUUUGGAGCUGGAGCAUUAGGUGGUAUAGCAGCAUACUCGUUAAUGAGAUCGAUGUCAUCAUCGUAUCAUACAAGACCUGGAUAUUAUGAGCCGGGCUAUGGAACUGGAGAAACUUGUAUAAAUAAUGAAGAUAUGAAUGGUACACGAUUUGGACGAUUUCGUUGUCCAUUGAACGGAUUUCCACAUGAAGCAAAAUAUUGUUGUGGUGAAUAUGAAAAGCAAUUUUGUUGUAUUCGUGAAGAAAAUAGUGGCACUUUUCGUGGUGCUUCGAGUUUUGGUUGGAUACUUCUGCUUAUAAUAAUGAUUGCUAUUGCCAUUGUCCUUUUUUCAAGACAUCGUCGACAAAAACAAAAAGCUGUUGUAAUGGUUCCAAUGGAACCAACAAUUGAUGAACAACAGGGAGUACCUUUUUAUCAUCCACCACCACCACCAAUGGGUUAUCCACCGCCACCAACUGGGAAUCCAUAUGCAGGUCCACCGCAAAAUUAUGAUGGCAAUCUUAAUUCUUAUCCACAACAAUAUCAAACGUCGUAUCCACCUCAGCAACACAUGUCAUAUCCACCUCAGCAACACAUGUCAUAUCCACCUCAACAACAAAUGCCAUAUUCACCUCAACAACAAAUGCCAUAUCCACCUCAACAACAAGCAUAUAAUCCGUAUUCAGUUAAAGAAGGCGGUCCACCACCGUAUGAAGAUGCUAUGUAUAACAAUCAGGGAGUAUCUUCGACAAAACCCAUGUAA